UGGCCGCGCUGGUCCACGCUCCCGGCGGGGGUGUGUACCGGAAGUCGCCUCUACUUCCGCCCAUUUAGGGGCGGGGCUUGCCUGCAACUACUAGCUGCCUUUCAAGGCUGCGGGCCGGCUGUCCUGGCUCCGGGAUGUUGGAGACCGAGAGACUUGUGCUUCCUUCCCCCGACCCCCUGAACCUGCCGCUUCGGACCGUGGAACUGGGAUGCACGGGGCGCUGGGAGCUGCUGAACGUGCCUGGGACUCCAGAGAGCACCCUUCCCCAUGGCCUUCCUCCCUGUGCCCCAGAUCUGCACCAAGAAGCAGAACAGUUGUUUCUGUCCUCUCCAGCCUGGUUGCCACUGCAUGGUGUGGAGCAUUCAGCUCGAAAAUGGCAGAGGAAGACAGAUCCCUGGUCACUCCUGGCUGCCCCCGGGGCUCCAGUUCCAUCUGAUCUUCAGGCCCAAAGACACCCAACAACAGGCCAGAUCCUGGGCUACAAGGAGGUCCUGCUGGAGAACACAAACCUGUCAGCCACAACCUCCUUAUCUCUUCGCCGGCCUCCAGGGCCAGUCUCCCAGUCUCUAUGGGGGAACCCAACACAGUACCCUUUCUGGCCAGGUGGGAUGGAUGAGCCUACCAUAACAGAUCUGAGCACUCGUGAGGAGGCUGAGGAGGAUAUAGACUUUGAGAAAGAUCUUCUCACCAUUCCACCUGGCUUUAAGAAAGGCGUGAAUUUUGCCCCCAAGGAUCACCCAGCUCCAGCUCCUGGGCUACUCAGCCUUAGCCGUCUGCUGGAGCCUCUAGAUUUGGGAGUGGGUGAUGAUGAUGAGGGCGAGGCAAAGGGAGAGUCUGAAGGUCCCAGAGGGGACAGUGUUUCAGCCUCGACUUGCAGUGUUCCUCUGGCCCGGGCAAGCAGCUUGGAGGACCUAGUGUUAAAGGAAGCAUCCACAGUCAUAUCCCCGCCAGAACCUCCCAAACCUCCACCUCAGGAGCAGUGGGCCAUUCCUGUAGAUGUCACCUCCCCUGUUGGUGAUUUCUAUCGUCUUAUUCCCCAGCCAGCCUUCCAGUGGGCAUUUGAGCCAGAUGUGUUUCAGAAACAAGCCAUCCUGCACUUGGAACAACAUGACUCUGUCUUUGUAGCAGCUCACACAUCUGCGGGGAAGACAGUUGUGGCUGAAUAUGCCAUUGCCCUGGCCCAGAAACACAUGACACGCACCAUCUACACUUCACCUAUCAAAGCCCUGAGCAAUCAGAAGUUCCGGGACUUCCGAAACACAUUUGGGGAUGUGGGGCUUCUCACUGGGGAUGUGCAGCUCCACCCAGAGGCCUCCUGCCUUAUCAUGACGACAGAGAUCCUCCGCUCCAUGCUGUACAGUGGCUCUGAUGUCAUUCGGGAUCUGGAAUGGGUCAUCUUUGAUGAGGUUCACUAUAUUAAUGAUGCAGAGCGUGGGGUCGUGUGGGAGGAGGUGCUCAUUAUGCUCCCUGACCAUGUCUCCAUCAUCCUUCUGAGUGCUACCGUCCCUAAUGCCCUGGAGUUUGCUGACUGGAUUGGGAGACUGAAGCGUCGCCAGAUCUAUGUGAUCAGCACUGUUGCUCGCCCUGUGCCCCUGGAGCACUAUCUCUUCACAGGGAAUAGCCCCAAGACCCAGGGAGAGCUCUUUCUGCUGCUGGACUCUCGAGGGGCCUUCCAUACCAAAGGGUACUAUGCAGCUGUAGAGGCCAAGAAGGAGAGAAUGAGCAAACAUGCCCAGACCUUUGGGGCCAAGCAACCCACACACCAGGGGGGCCCUGCACAGGACCGUGGGGUGUACCUGUCACUCCUGGCCUCCCUCCGUGCCCGGGCCCAGCUGCCUGUGGUAGUGUUUACCUUCUCUCGGGGCCGCUGUGAUGAGCAAGCCUCAGGCCUCACCUCACUUGACCUUACCACGAGUUCAGAGAAGAGUGAGAUUCACCUCUUUCUGCAGCGUUGCCUUGCUCGUCUCAGGGGCUCUGACCGCCAACUGCCUCAGGUCCUGCACAUGUCUGAACUCCUGCACCGUGGCCUGGGUGUACACCACAGUGGCAUCUUGCCCAUUCUCAAGGAGAUUGUGGAGAUGCUCUUCAGCCGUGGCCUGGUCAAGGUCUUGUUUGCCACAGAGACCUUUGCCAUGGGUGUAAACAUGCCAGCACGUACAGUGGUGUUUGACUCCAUGCGUAAGCAUGAUGGCUCCACUUUCCGGGACCUGCUACCUGGGGAGUAUGUACAGAUGGCUGGCCGGGCAGGCCGGAGGGGCUUGGACCCCACAGGCACUGUCAUCCUUCUCUGUAAGGGUCGUGUGCCUGAGAUGGCAGAUCUGCACCGCAUGAUGAUGGGGAAGCCAUCCCAGCUGCAGUCCCAGUUCCGUCUCACGUACACUAUGAUUCUCAACCUGCUUCGGGUAGAUGCCCUUAGGGUGGAGGACAUGAUGAAGAGGAGCUUCUCUGAGUUUCCAUCCCGUAAAGACAGCAAGGCUCAUGAACAGGCGCUGGCUGAACUAACCAAGAGGCUGGGUGCCUUGGAGGAGCCUGAUAUGACUGGUCAAUUGGUAGACCUACCAGAGUAUUACAGCUGGGGGGAGGAACUGACAGAGACCCGGAACAUGAUCCAGCAACGAAUCAUAGAGUCAGUGAAUGGGCUGAAAUCUCUCUCAGCAGGAAGAGUGGUGGUUGUGAAGAAUCAGGAGCAUCACAAUGCACUGGGUGUGAUCCUGCAGGUCUCCUCAAACUCCACCAGCAGAAUUUUCACAACCCUGGUCUUGUGUGAUAAGCUUGUGUCUGAGGAUCCACAGGACAAGGAUCCAGCCACUCCAGAUGUGCCCCACCCAGAUGACCUAGUAGGCUUUAAGCUGUUCCUGCCUGAAGGGCCCUGUGACCAUACUGUGGCCAAGCUUCAGCCAGGAGAUGUGGCUGCCAUCACCACCAAGGUGCUCCGGGUGAAUGGUGAGAAGAUCUUGGAGGACUUCAGCAAGAGGCAGCAACCAAAAUUCAGGAAGGAUCCUCCCCUUGCAGCUGUGACCACUGCUGUCCAGGAAUUGCUUCGUCUGGCUCAAGCCUACCCAGCAGGACCUCCCACCCUUGACCCUGUUAAUGACCUACAGCUGAAGGAUGUGUCAGUAGUAGAGGGGGGACUCCGGGCCCGGAAGCUGGAAGAGCUAAUUCGGGGAGCCCAGUGUGUACACAGCCCCCGUUUUUCUGCCCAGUAUUUGAAGCUGAGGGAACGAAUGCAGAUUCAGAAGGAGAUAGAGCGGCUGCGCUUCCUACUGUCAGAUCAGUCACUGCUGCUGCUCCCUGAGUAUCACCAGCGAGUAGAGGUACUCCGAACGCUGGGUUACGUGGACCAGGCAGGCACUGUGAAGUUGGCAGGGCGGGUGGCUUGUGCCAUGAGCAGCCAUGAAUUGCUCCUCACUGAGCUCAUGUUUGACAAUGCACUGAGCGCCCUGCGGCCUGAGGAGAUCGCAGCCCUGCUUUCUGGCCUGGUCUGCCAGAGUCCUGGGGACCCUGGGGAUCAGCUUCCAAGCACCCUCAAGCAGGGAGUAGAACGCGUCCGAGCCGUGGCAAAGCGGAUUGGUGAGGUCCAGGUGGCCUGUGGUCUGAACCAGACAGUGGAGGAAUUUGUGGGGGAGCUGAAUUUUGGACUUGUUGAGGUUGUGUACGAGUGGGCCCGGGGCAUGCCCUUCUCUGAGUUGGCAGGGCUCUCGGGGACCCCUGAAGGCCUGGUGGUUCGCUGCAUCCAGCGCCUGGCUGAGAUGUGUCGCUCACUUCGAGGGGCAGCCCGCCUGGUAGGGGAGCCUGUGCUGGGAGCCAAGAUGGAGACAGCAGCUACCCUGUUACGAAGGGACAUUGUCUUUGCAGCUAGCCUUUACACCCAGUGAAUGAUUCCUGGGCGGAAGUGGAAUAAUAAAACAGCAAAAUGUG